GGUAUCGUUGCAGGGUUGGAGGGUAAACGUCCUCUCCCUCGCUCUGUCGACCCAGCUGUGCAGAUCUCUGGCAACUUCACGCCCGUUCCUGAGUCGCCGCCGGUCCACGGGCUGGAAGUCACCGGUCGCAUUCCGCCAGCGCUGUUCGGCGUUUACGUGCGCAAUGGUGCCAACCCGAUGUUUCCACCAGCUGGCGGGCACCACCUCUUUGACGGCGACGGCAUGAUCCAUGCCGUCUCGCUCUCUGGCCCUGCAGAUGCUUCCUAUUCUUGCCGGUACACCCGCACGAGCCGCCUCUUGCAGGAGGCAGCUCUCGGCCGGACCCUGUUCCCCAAGGCUAUCGGCGAGCUUCACGGUCACUCGGGAAUCGCUCGACUUGCUUUAUUCUACCUUCGAACCGCGGCCGGGAUCGUAAAUCCCGCGAAUGGCACGGGCGUGGCGAAUGCCGGACUUGUGUACUUCGGCGGCCGUCUUUUGGCCAUGUCAGAAGAUGACCUCCCGUACCACGUGCGCGUCACCGCCGACGGAGAUCUCGAGACGGUGGGACGGCAUAGCUUCGCUGGGCAGCAGGUUACUUCGAUGAUAGCGCAUCCGAAGAUCGAUCCGGUGAGCGGCGAGCUGUUCGCGCUGAGCUAUGACGUGAUCUGCAAGCCCUACUUGAAGUAUUUUUACGUGCACCCGAUGACAGGGAAGAAGUCAGCCGACGUCGCCAUCACCCUCCGCCAGCCCACCAUGAUCCACGACUUUGCCAUCACCGAGAACUACGCCAUCAUCCCCGACCAACAAGUGGUCUUCGAGCUCUCAAGGAUGUUGCAUGGCGGCUCGCCCGUGCGGUGCGACCGCAGCAAGACCCCCCGGUUCGGGGUGCUGCCUAGGUACGACUCCGACGAAUCCAGGAUCCGAUGGAUCGACGUGCCCGGCUGCUUCUGCUUCCACCUGUGGAACGCGUGGGAGGAGACGUGCCGCGAAGGGAAGGGGCGGACGGUGGUGAUCAUCGGGUCGUGCAUGUCACCGCCCGAUGCCAUAUUCUCCGAUGUGGAGGACGCGGCGGGGCCCAUCCGGACGGUGCUUUCGGAGAUCCGGCUCGACUUGGAGACGGAGGAAUCGAGCCGGAGGGAGAUUGCACCCGGGCUGAACCUGGAGGCAGGUCAGAUUAACCGGGCUCGUCUCGGCAGGAAGACUCGGUUUGCGUAUCUGGCGAUCGCGGAGCCGUGGCCCAGGUGCGGCGGGGUGGCGAAGGUGGACCUGGAAACCGGGGAGGUCAGGCGGUUUGACUACGGGGAUGACCGGUUCGGUGGCGAGCCGAUGUUUGUUCCCCUCCGCGCCGACGGAAGCGGGGAGGAAGACGAGGGGUUCGUGGUGAAAUUCGUGCACGAUGAGAGUCGAGGCAUGUCGCAGCUUCUGAUCGUGAACGGGCGGAGCAUGGACUUGGAGGCGACGGUGAGGUUACCGUCGAGGGUACCGUAUGGAUUCCACGGCACGUUCGUAAGGUCCGAUGAUCUCCGUUGGCAACAGCAGUAG